CCGGUCGACUCGAGUUCCGGCAUGCCGGGCCGGCGUCCUGGGGCGGCUUCCCGGUUGCCCGCGCGCCAUGGAAUGCCUGCGCUGCCUGCCCGGGCUGCUGCCCCGCGCCGCGCAGCCCCGGAGGGCCCUGUGGACGGCGGCCGCGCGCCUGAGCCUCGCUGCCUGCGGCGGCCGCGCAACCCCUUUGCUCUCCCGGAGCCCGAAGGCGCCGAGCACAGCCCGCGCUGCAGGUGAUGUGCUCCGGUUUAGAACCUCGGAUGCCUCUCAAGCCACUUUAGCCAGCGUGGCCCAGGUGUUUGCUGUGACAAAGUUUGACAAAGAAGGAAAUGUUACCUCUUUUGAGAGGAAGAAAACUGAAUUAUACCAUGAGUUAGCACUCCAGGCCAGAGACUUGAGGUUUCAGCACGUGAUGAGCAUCACUACUAGAAACAACAGGAUCAUCAUGAGGAUGGAGUAUUUGAAGGCUGUGAUAACUCCAGAGUGUCUUCUGAUACUAGAUUAUCGGAAUUUAAACUUGGAGCACUGGCUGUUUCGGGAACUGCCCUCACAGCUGGCUGGAGAAGGUCAGCUCGUCACCUACCCGUUACCAUUUGAGUUCAGAGCUAUUGAAGCACUCCUGCAGUACUGGAUCAGCACCCUUCGGGGGAAACUAAGCGUCCUGCAGCCAGUGAUCCUUGAGACCCUGGAUGCAUUAGUGGACCCCAAGCACUCCUCUGUGGACAGAAGCAAGCUGCAUGUCCUACUCCAAAACGGCAAAAGUCUCUCUGAGUUAGAAACAGACAUUAAAAUUUUCAAAGAGUCGAUUUUGGAGCUCUUGGAUGAGGAGGAGAUGCUGGAAGAACUCUGUCUGACCAAGUGGAGCGACCCACAUGUCUUUGAGAAGAGCAGCACUGGGAUCGACCACGCAGAGGAGAUGGAGCUGCUCCUGGAGAACUACUACCGCUUAGCAGAGGACCUCUCCAAUGAGGCUCGGGAGCUUCGGGUCCUGAUUGACGAUUCGCAGAGCAUUAUCUUCAUCAACCUAGACAGCCAUCGCAAUGUGAUGAUGAGGUUAAAUCUCCAGCUGACCAUGGGAACCUUCUCCCUUUCGCUCUUUGGCCUGAUGGGAGUUGCUUUUGGCAUGAAUUUGGAAUCUUCCCUUGAAGAGGACCACCGUGUGUUUUGGCUGGUUACGGGGAUUAUGUUUAUGGGAAGUGGUCUCAUCUGGAGGAGGUUGCUCUCGUUCCUUGGAAGACAGCUGGAAGCUCCUGUGCCCCCUGUGAUGGCCUCCUUACCUAAAAAGAAGACCCUUCUGGCAGAUAGAAGGAUGGACGUGAAAAACAGCCUCAGGCCGGAAGGAGGACUUGGAGCAGGCAGGACUAUCCUGGCAAACCGCUAGCAGCAGCCUGACAAACAAAGAUUUGUAUACUUCUGAA